ACGGCGAGGCUCUCUCGCUCAGGGCUUUUUCGCCCGGUGAUUGAUGUCCCAGAGUCAACAGCAAGCCAGCAGCAGGAGAGGGGAAGGAGAAGCCAAAGAGCGAAAGAAUACUGCACCCCUUCUCUCCUUCCCCUCCCCCCUACUUUAGCCCUUCUGCGCACUUAGCCUCCAAGUCUCCAGCGCAGCCAGGAGCCGCUGUAGCCUCGGCGCCUCUGCUCGAUUACCCCCAGUAGUCAAUCGCGGAAAGGCGCCACCGCCCGGGCCCCCCCCCCCACGGGGGUCCGGGGCCCCCGGCCAGCAUGGAGCAUCUGGGUCCACACCACCUCCACCCCGGCCACGCGGAGCCCAUCAGCUUCGGCAUCGAUCAGAUCCUCAACAGCCCGGACCAAGGCGGCUGCAUGGGGCCCGCCUCGCGCCUCCAGGACGGAGAAUACGGCCUUGGCUGUUUGGUCGGCGGCGCCUACGCUUACGGUGGCGGAGGUUCGGCGGCCGGGGCGGGGGCCGGGAGCGCGGGAGCCUAUAGCGCCGGCGGCCCCGGCGGCCCCGGCGGCCCGGCGGGCGGCGGCGGCGCCUGCAGUAUGGGCCCACUGGCCGGCUCCUACAACGUGAACAUGGCCUUGGCGGGCGGCCCGGGUCCCGGUGGUGGCGGAGGCGGCGGGGGCGGCGGCGGCGGCGGGGGUGCGCUGAGCGCAGCGGGGGUGAUCCGAGUGCCCGCGCACAGGCCGCUAGCAGGAGCGGUGGCCCACCCCCAGCCCCUGGCCACCGGCUUGCCCACAGUGCCCUCGGUACCUGCCGUGCCGGGCGUCAACAACCUUACCGGCCUCACCUUUCCCUGGAUGGAGAGUAACCGCAGAUACACAAAGGACAGGUUCACAGGUCACCCCUAUCAGAAUCGGACGCCCCCCAAGAAGAAGAAGCCACGCACGUCCUUCACGCGCCUGCAGAUCUGUGAGCUGGAGAAGCGCUUCCACCGCCAGAAGUACUUGGCCUCCGCGGAGCGCGCUGCCCUAGCCAAGGCGCUCAAAAUGACCGACGCGCAGGUCAAGACGUGGUUCCAGAACCGGCGGACCAAGUGGAGGCGACAGACCGCGGAGGAGCGUGAGGCUGAGAGGCAGCAGGCGAAUCGCAUCCUCCUCCAGCUACAGCAGGAGGCCUUCCAGAAGAGCCUGGCACAGCCGCUGCCCGCGGACCCACUGUGCGUACACAACUCGUCACUCUUUGCCCUGCAGAAUCUGCAGCCGUGGUCCGAUGACUCCACCAAGAUCACCAGCGUCACGUCGGUGGCAUCGGCCUGCGAGUGAGCUGACCCGCGUCAUCCUGCAGGACCCCAGGCCCAGUGAGGGGCUACUGAGGCCUGGAAGCCAGGCCUCUCCCCUCCUCU